UCUCUCGCUCUUUCCUCUCAUGUCUAAACAUUUAUAGUGCAAGCCAUUUUUAAAAAAGUUAUGGACAUCUAUUCCUAUCAUCACUUCAUAUUCAUGCGCCUGCUUUUCCCUUUGAUCCCAUGCCUCCUUCUCUUCUUACUCCCUCUCUCUUUGUCUUAUAAUCUGCUUCCACUUUGCCAUCAACAAGAGAGGGUAGCUCUGAUGCAAUUCAAGGAUAGUUUUAUCAUACAAAACAACUCUUUUUGUGAAUACAGUAUUGAGGGGGAAUAUCCUGCGGAGGUUGCAUCAUGGAGAAUAGAUGGAAACAAUACCAAUUGUUGUGCUUGGGAUGGGGUUGAAUGCAACCAAGACACGGGUCAUGUCAUUGCCCUCAACCUUAGUAGCAGUUGUCUCUAUGGUUCUAUCACCUCCAACAGUAGUCUCUUCCGCCUUCUUCAUCUUCAAAACCUUACUCUUGCUAAUAAUGACUUCAAUCACUCCCAAAUCCCAUCUGGGAUUGGUAAUCUUUCAAGCCUAACACAUCUGGACCUCUCCUUCUCCCAGUUUUCAGGACCAAUCCCCUCUGAAAUUCAAUACCUAUCCAAGUUGUCUUAUCUUCGGCUGUAUUCUUCUUUUGAUGAUUUAUAUACCGAAAGUCUGACAAGUUUAGUGCAAAAUUUAACCAACCUUGAAGAUCUUGAGUUUUUUAGUAUCAACAUAUCCUCCACUGUACUUGAAAGUCUGGCAAAUUUAUCUUCUUUAAAAGCUCUAGCUCUGGUUGACUGCGGACUGUAUGGGCGAUUCCCAACCAAAAUAUUUCAGUUACCACACCUAUGAGGCCUAUCUGUUACAAACAAUGAAGAUCUCACAGGUCAUUUGCCCGAAUUUCAAACAAACUCUCCUCUCAAGUAUUUAUAUCUUAGCAACACAAAUUUCUCUGGUAAUCUACCUGCUUCAAUUGGAAACCUUAAUUUCUUAACUGGCUUCUCAAUUUCCAAUUGUAAUUUUUCAGGAACCAUCCCAAAUUCGUUCAGUAACCUUACCCAACUCACUUCCCUAGACCUUUCACAAAACUCAUUCAAUGAUUUGUCGUGGCUCACCAGAGCUAGUUCAAACGACAUUCUUCCACAGUUUGUACUUUUAGGAUUGGCUCAUCUCAACUUAACCAAGUUCCCAGAUAUAUUACGAAACCAAAGUAAAUUGUCGUGGCUAGAUCUAAAAGGCAACAAUCUCCAAGGCUUGAUACCCAAAUGGAUGCAUAAUGUAAGUAAAGAAUCUCUGCAAUAUUUCUACCUUUCUAACAACUUUCUCAGUGGCCUUGAAGAUUCUCCGACAAUUAUCCCAUGGCAAAAUCUAGACGAGUUUAACCUUAAUAAUAACAUGAUGCAUGGAUCGCUCCCAAUUCCACCACAAUCCCUAAGGUUUUAUUUCGUCAGCAAUAAUUCAUUCACCGGAAGGAUUUCACCAUUUAUUUGCAAUAUGAGUUCACUUGAAGUGCUUGAUUUGUCCUAUAACAAUUUGAGUGGCAUGAUUCAUCCAUGUAUAGGCAACUUGAGUCAAUCUUUGUCAAUGCUACAACUACAAAGCAACAACUUUAGCAACACCAUCCCAAAAACAUGGGCAAACGGAUGCAGCUUAAAGAUGAUUGACUUGAGUCAAAACCAGUUACAUGGUCAUUUGCCAAGAUCUUUGGCCAACUGUAUUGAGCUUGAGUAUCUUCAUGUUAGCCGCAAUCAAAUCAAUGAUACCGAUCCCUUUUGGUUGGGAACUCUUCAAUACUUGAAGAUUCUUGAUCUCCAUUCUAAUGGCUUCCACGGUGCAAUAAAGAGUCUGGAAACAAAUUACACAUUCUCCAAUUUGUGUAUCAAUGACCUCUAUCAUAACCAUUUGUCUGGGAAUCUAUCUGCAGGAUACUUCACACAAUGGGAUGCCAUGAAGUCCGUUGGUGCAAAGAAUUUACAAUACAUGGGUGACUGGGUCUACUAUUCAAUUAUAAUAACGAUAAAAGGUGUGGAGUUGGAGUAUAAGAAGAUCCAAGAUGGCCUCAGAGUCAUAGAUUUCUCAUGCAACAGAUUUGAAGGAGAUAUUCCUGAAAUACUGGGGAAUCUAGAAGGACUUCAUGCCCUGAACCUUUCCAAUAAUGCUUUCACUGGUCAUAUCCCAUCAUCCUUUGCGAACUUGACACAGCUAGAAUCAUUAGACCUUUCUCAAAACAAAUUGUCCGGAGAGAUACCUCCUGAAUUAGUCCAGCUCAAUUUCCUUUCAAACUUUACUGUGUCACAUAAUUGCCUCACUGGACCAAUACCGCAGGGGCAUCAGUUUGGAACAUUUCCAAAUACUUCAUUCGAAGAUAAUCGAGGACUGUGUGGAAAGCCGUUGUCCAAAAUCUGUGGAGAUUCUGACAUUUCAACACCUCCACCUUCAGCCUUUGGAGAGAAUCAGGGUCCCAAAUUGUUCUUUGAAUUUGGUUGGAAAGUAGUUGUGAUGGGAUAUGGAUGUGGAUUCGUAUUUGGAGUUGUUAUCGGGCACAUUGUGACAACCAGAACGCAAGAUUGGCUCAUUAAGACUUUUGGCAAGAAGCAACACCAAACUCGAAUAAGCCGGGUGAAUCGUGGGGUGAAUCGUAGGAAGUAGUAAAUGAAACAUAGUCAUGUAAUAUGUUUUCAAAAAGAUACAAAUGUAUCAUUUAUGUUUUCUAGCUUUAUUGUAUCUUAUUGGAUAGAAUUGGCAGUCAAUCUAUACAAAGCUCAACAUUUUGCAUA